AUGGAUCAAACGGGAUAUGUGUCUCCCCCUCCAUCUCCACCAUGGGACGCAGACUCCAUCGGUCUUUCACCCCCAAUAGACUAUUCAUCACUCGUCCCUCCGUCGCUGGUAAUUCCGGGCCAGGACCAAAAGCGUGACUCGUUAUCAGGCCCUCCACAAAGAUACCUUAAUUACAAGCGCGCCUCACAAGGUCACCCACCUCCAUAUCGAAACCGCUGCAACCGUGCCUCAAUGCCGAUACAGAUCCAGGAACAGAAAGAACAAAUGGACAAUGACAUAUACAAAUAUGACAAACCAACUGCACCUCCACGACCUAAAUUCCAUUACAUCUCUGAAGCCGAUUCCAACCCCGUCAACAUAUCCAGAGCCUCAACCCGUUCCGAAUCAACACAAACGAGUGGCUCUGAUACACAAGAGUCUACGACAGAACCUCAAACAAAAAGAAAGCCAACUCCACCGGGACUCGGAUCUAGAGAAAGCGCUCAAUAUAAGGAUAUCAAUCAAAAACGAUACUACCAGCCUACAAUCAUCGGCAUGGAUAAACCGGACCUCUCUCUCGAUCAAUCACAACUUGAACACGACAAACUCGCAUCUAUCACUAUAAAUAUCAUUUCGAGUGAUAAUGAAACUCUUUGGUCAAAAACAUGUCCUGAAAUUAAGCAGAACCGACCUAUUAUAAUGGGGCCUCCUGUGGAGGCUUUGCGGCGCGGAAAAGUUCAAAACAAACCCGUUUCGACAAAUCUGUUGAAGCGUCUUAGGUUCAAGUCGAGAUCUCGUGGGAGAUCAGCGGACUCAUAG